ACAAUCGGAGAUGAAACAGGAAUGCAAGUGUCACGGCAUGUCGGGUUCGUGCACGGUGAAGACGUGCUGGAUGAGACUGCCCAUAUUCCGUUCGAUCGGCGACAACCUCAAGGACAGGUUCGACGGCGCGUCCAGGGUGAUGGUGGGCAACGCGGGCGGUCUGCGCCGGUUGCGGCGCAAGGACAACGCGCAGAACAAGCACCACGAACAGCAGCAGCAACAGCAACAGCAACAGCAGCAGCAGCCGCAGGACCAACUGGCGCAACAGCAGCCGCAACAGAACGGUGGCGGAGGCGGUGGCCGCGGCGGGGGCAGGAGGCGCGGCGGCGGCCGGAACAGGUACAACUUCCAGCUGAAACCGUACAACCCCGAGCUGAAGGCGCCCGGCACCAAGGACCUGGUGUACCUGGAACCGUCACCCGGGUUCUGUGACCCGAACCCGCGUCUGGGUAUACUGGGCACGCACGGACGCGCGUGCAACGAGUCGUCCAUCGGUUUGGACGGGUGCGACCUGAUGUGCUGCGGCCGCGGCUACAAGACCCACCAGGCCCUGGUGUCCGAACGGUGCAACUGCACUUUUCUGUGGUGUUGCGAGGUCAAGUGCAGCGUGUGCCAGUACAGGAAGACAAUCAACACGUGCCUGUAGACCACGCACCGCAUGCAACUGCACUGCGGUGGCACGGGUACCAGCUGGCGACGUUUAUAUGACAUCAUUCCAUUCAUCCAUCAUUCCUAACGCAUGUAUAAUAAUAUUAUGCUCGACUUACAUCAUUUACGUAAUGUGCACACACGUGCGCGUCGAAACGUAAAUCAUUAUUAUCUUAUUUUUUAUGAUUUCUGUUCUAUAACCAUUUUACACUAUCGAUUUUAUAUAAUAUAAUAAUAAUAAUAUUUAUAACGCGAUCGUUGAGAACGAACACUCGACAGUGCAUUUCACACCAUUCGCACAAUAUUAUCUCAGCUGCGGUCAAAAUCUCGUCCGCUCCGAUGCAGUUUUCCGAAACAUAGUCUGUGCGGGCGGGCGAACUGCAUUAUACGUCGUGAAUUUCGUUUUAAACGAUUUUUUUCUUUUUAUUAUUGUAAUAUACUUCUACUUUCUAUUUUAAAUUUUUUUAUAAAAAUAUUAUGACACCGGCAAAAAUCUUAAUGCAAACCGUUAAUCGACAUGCAUUUUUGAAUGUGUACAUCCUGAUAUACCAAACGUUAAUGUUUUUUUUUUUUUUUUAAUAUAAAUCUAUAGUAUAUAU